GCUUCGAGUCAGCUGACUACGCCAACUACGUCACGUACCCCGUCGAGGAGAGCUUCGCCGCGUACGUCCGUUUGUCGAGCUCUUCGAGGUCGUCGUCUUUCUUUUCUUCCACUGUCGCCAUGGCGAGUCAGUCGCAGGGAAUCCAGCAGCUGCUGCAGGCAGAGAAGAGAGCCGCCGAGAAGGUGGCGGAAGCCCGCAAACGUAAAAAUCGGCGUCUGAAGCAAGCCAAAGAAGAAGCGCAAGCUGAGAUCGAACAAUAUCGACUGCAGAGGGACAAAGAGUUCAAGACCAAAGAGGCGGCGGCGCUGGGUUCCCACGGCAACAGCGCGGUUGAGGUGGACCGCGACACCGCCGAGCGCAUGGGUCGGAUCCAGGCCAGUUACCGCGGCAACCGGGACGUCGUGCUGGGCGACCUCCUGCGCCGCGUCUGCGACAUCCAGCCCGAGUUUCACGCCAACUAUCGCGUGGCCGGCUAGGCUGACUUGUUCGGGAAAGGGAAGGCGGUUGGCGUCCCGUUAACUUAUUGGUCUUUUUCCUCGUGCUCUCUUCUGAUUGGAGGCUUUUAUUGUGAAAGUAACGUCCUCUAUGUAGCCAAGUGUGACAUUUUGUGUGUGUGUGUUAGUGGUUUCAAUAAAUAUGAUCGGUGUCAAAAGAA